AUGCACACCGAGAGACCUCCGGGUUUCGAUCCGGCUAGAGACAAUGAGUCCAAGCAGGGGACGGUCAUAGCCAUCGCCGUGGUGUUUUAUGAUUAUGCUAUUUUCUUUGCUCAGUUCGUAUCGAUCGCGGUGUCGGCUCUCACCAUCGUCGAGGCACACUAUGCUCUGGGACGGCAUCUCUGGUCCGUCCCGCCCGAAGACUCCAUGAUGCAAAUAAAAAUCCUCUACGGCGUCAUCCUCGGCUACAACUUCGGCCUCAACGUCGUCAAAAUCUGCUUCCUCCUCUUCUACCUCCGCAUCUUCGGAAGCACCAUCCUCCGCACUAUCAGCAAGUGGUUCCUCGUCUACGUCGGCAUCUGGACCGUCACGCAGCUCAUCCUCCUCGCCGUUACCUGCAUGCCCAUCGCUGUCAUCGCGCCCAGCAUGGAGGGCAGGUGUAUCAACACGUACCCGUUGUGGCUGUUCUCGUCCAUCAUGUCCAUGUUGACUGAUUUUGUGAUUUUCGCGCUGCCGCUGCCGUGGGUUGUUAAGCUGAGGAUGAGGAGGAAGCAGAAGAUUGUUACUGUUUUGAUGUUUUCGUUGGGAUUCUUCACCUGCGUCAUCUCAAUCAUCCGCAUCUUCACCCUCGCCGCCUCUGUCAAUGCCGCCGACCCAACCUGGGACAACGUCGGAACAGGUUGCUGGUCCAUAGUCGAAUUCAACUGCGCGAUCCUCUGCUCCAACCUCCCCACCCUACGGCCCCUGGUCGUCAAAUACUACCCCAGCUUCGCACAAUCGUCCGAGGGCGACCGCUCGGGGUCAUAUCCACGCUACAGUCCUUACGCGCGUGCCCGUCGAACCAAGCAGACGGGCGCUUCGGCGGUUGUGGGCUCGGACGGUGGCGGGUCAGGGUUUAAUAAAUUGGAGGAGAGUGGGGGCGGGAGGAGCACGGUCACGACGGGGGGGAGUGGGGGAGGGGAGAGGAGUGAGAGCCAGGAGCAUUUGCAGGCUGUGGCUACGAUGUGCUAUUCGGGGGUGAAGGAUAGAGCGGGGAUUGAGUUGGAGGACCGGCGUGGGGCAACUGGGAGAAGGGUGGGUGAGGGCAAGGGAAAGGGGAUUUUGGUUACGAGGGAGACGAAUGUUGUCUCGGACUUGGCGCCGGUGAGGGGGCAUGGGAGGAACACGUCUUUGGGGAUAUGA